AUGAAAUACGAGUCUGGCGCAGCUUCGAAUUAUAUUACUCGGAACAGGGCGUUAAGAAAGUUGCAGUUGAGUCUGAAAGAUUUUAGACGCCUUUGUAUUUUGAAAGGGAUUUUUCCUCAUGAUCCGCUUCAUAAAAAAAAGGUUAAUAAAGGCAGCACAGAAAAUCGUGUCUAUUACUACGUAAAAGACAUAAAUUAUCUUGCAUCAGAACCCAUCAUCAGCAAAUUCAGAGAGCAUAAGAUUUUUAUUCGCAAAUUAAUCAACGCGAAAGCAAAAAAGGAGGAUUAUCGUGUGGAACGCCUCCUCUCUAACCGUCCUACCUAUGAAUUACAGAGGGUUGUGAAGGAACGGUACCCAAAGUUUGAAUCAGCUCUGAGAGAUCUGGACGAUGCGUUGUGUCUUUGUUUUGCGUUUGCUGCAUUACCUCAUACCAGGAAACUGUCGGCGACGUUGAUUGCCAACUGCCGUCGGUUAACUGCUGAAUUUAACAAUUUUAUCAUAGAGUCACAUUCAUUAACAAAGGUCUUUAUUUCGAUAAAAGGCAUUUACUAUCAGGCGCAAGUUAAAGGUGAGGUGUUGACAUGGAUUGUUGGACACGAUCGUGGGGUAGGAGAAAUUACUGAAGUUAACUUCUCGAUUCUCUCCGUGUUUGCUGAGUUUUAUGUUGCUUUAUUAGAAUCUGUUAACUGCCAUCUAUACAGAUCCAUUGGACUUUACUACCCUCCUAAACUGUCAUAUUCGACAAAUUCGGAGAUGGACGAAGAUGAGCAAGAGAAGGUUUACGGGCUUGCCACUCCUUUGGCAAAGCAGGAUCCUUCUGACGAGCUGACACUGCCAGAUUUGAAUAUUGAAAGUGAGGAAACUAACGAGCUCGUGGAGAAAUUUAAGGACGCUGAGGCAAAAAAGAAACUUUUUGUCAACUGUUGGUUUUGGUUAAAUCGUGAGACUCCAAAAGAAGUUCUGGCAUUGAUAAUAAGAACUUGUGGCGGCAUGGUCUCUUGGGAAAAUUGUCCUGGUGGUUUAUUCACGGAAACCGAUUCAAGAAUUACACACCAAAUUGUGGACCGUCCGCUUAACGAAACAAAUAUUAGCAGGUGUUACAUACAACCACAGUGGGUUGUUGACUGCUUCAAUUUAAGAAGACGUUUACCGGUACAGAAAUAUUUGCCAGGAGCUGUUUUGCCUCCACAUCUUUCUCCGUUUACUGACGACACGCCUGGACAGUAUAUUCCAGAAGAGAGGAUUGAACAGCUGAAAGAAAGCGGAGCUCAGAAUCUGAGAAUGAGAGAAAUGAUGAUUGCAAAGAAACACCGGCGAGUGUAUCACAAAAUCCAAAGAGGAAUCAAACGGCGAGACCGAGAAAUAAAGGCAUUGAAAGAAAAACGAACGAAAUUGUCUACGAAUGGAGUAUGA